GGCAAACUCACAAAACUGAUAAUUUUAGAAUUUCGCGUUUCUUUUAACCGAAAUAAUUUGAACAUUUCUGGUUUUUGCAGUUUUUAUUUACUUUAUAUCUACAUUUACAAUUUUCAAAUCAAUCGCAUUCUUUUAAAAACUACGAUUUUAAAGUGAUUGAUUUGACUCUUGUAGUGAAACAAAUUUCAAACGUUCCAGUCUGAAGUGUGUAGCUAGCUCGAUAUAACUGUCAAUCUGGGUGUAGAAAUUUAUUUUGUAAUUUUCACCGGUUCUCAUGUGUAAUUUCUCAAUGUGUUAGACUAUUUUUGAACAAAGGUUCUUCGAGAAAUAAUGUUAUUUAGUGUAUGUGGUGCUUAAAUUUGUGCGAAAAUGGAUGACGGUACAAUAAAGAUUCAAUCCGGAAUUAAUAUCAACAUAAAAAGAACAGAUGGCCGGAUCCAUUCAGCGAUCGUCUCCGGGGUCAACUUGGAGACGAGGUCAGUUACAGUGGAAUGGUACGAACGAGGCGAGACCAAGGGCAAGGAGGUGGAGAUUGAUGCCAUCCUAGCCCUCAACCCGGAGCUUGCAGUCGGCCCCAGGCAUCACACACCACAUCUACAGCCGAUGCCCAACAAACUAGCCAGGGACAUGACGCGGCAAUCUAUUCCGGUAGCGACAAAAGCUGCGCCGUCCAGGGUGACACGCAACAAUCAGAUGCGGUUGUCCAACGCGGCCGGCGCGUACACGAACGGUCACGGCGGCGACACGACGGGCCGGCGCGGCGCCGAGAACGUGCCGCCGCCGCAACAACCGCCCCAGCCCACACCUACCAACACUAGGAUCACGCAGCAGUUCACGGCGAGUACUGUAGCCGGCGGCGGCGCGGCGGCGCGGCCGGCGGGCGUGUCGUCGACGGUGUCGGUGCCGCACGCCGUGGCGUCCGGCGCCGUGCGACGCUCCAAUGUAGUCAAGGAGGUCGAGCGGCUCAAGGAGAACAGAGAGAAGCGCCGGCAACGACAGGCCGAGCUUAAAGAGGAAAAGGAAGCGUUAAUGAACAUGGACCCUGGCAACCCCAACUGGGAGUUUUUGGCAAUGAUCAGAGAGUAUCAGAACAGCAUCGAAUUCCGGCCACUGACGGGCAAUGAACCAGUGGAGGACCAUCAGAUCACAGUCUGCGUUAGAAAAAGGCCGCUCAACAAGAAGGAGAACUUAAAAAAAGAGGUGGACGUAAUCAGUGUCCCGACAAAGGACCAGAUGAUAGUGCAUGAGCCCAAGAACAAGGUGGACCUCACCAAGUACCUCGAGAACCAGAAGUUCCGAUUCGACUACGCUUUCGACGACUCCUGCACAAACGAAGUUGUCUACAAGUAUACGGCUAAGCCGUUAGUGCAGACGAUAUUCGAAGGUGGCAUGGCGACCUGCUUCGCUUACGGACAGACUGGCUCCGGCAAGACGCAUACCAUGGGUGGCGACUUCCAGGGCAAAACACAAGACUGCAAGAAAGGUAUAUACGCAAUGGCGGCGCGGGAUGUAUUCGCGUAUCUCAAGUCGCCCAAAUACAAGCCAUUGAAUCUUAUAGUGUCUGCCUCCUUCUUUGAAAUAUAUUCUGGAAAGGUGUUUGACUUGUUGGCGGACAAGGCGAAGCUACGCGUGUUGGAGGACGGCAAGCAACAAGUACAGAUUGUCGGACUCACUGAGAAGGUCGUGGACAACGUCGACGAGGUGCUCAAACUUAUACAACAUGGAAACGCCGCGCGAACCUCCGGACAGACGUCGGCGAACUCGAACUCGUCCCGGUCGCACGCGGUGUUCCAGAUCGUGGUGCGGUCGCCGGGCAUGCACCGCGUGCACGGCAAGUUCUCGCUGAUCGACCUGGCGGGCAACGAGCGCGGCGCCGACACGUCGUCGGCCAGCCGCCAGACGCGCAUGGAGUCGGCCGAGAUCAACAAGUCGCUGCUCGCGCUCAAGGAGUGCAUCCGCGCGCUCGGCAUGAAGGGACAGAACCACCUCCCCUUCCGGGUCUCCAAGCUCACGCAAGUUCUGCGAGAUUCCUUCAUCGGCGACAAGUCCCGUACGUGCAUGAUAGCGAUGAUAUCGCCCGCCAUGUCGUCCUGCGAGCACUCCCUUAACACGUUACGUUACGCGGACCGAGUGAAGGAGCUGGGCAGCGCAGACCCGGCCCGACGACACGAUGAUGCUGAUGUAGAUAUGGACCAACCCCCUGCACAUGAUCUCGCACAACUGCGCUCACUUAAUGAGGGCGACAUGUCGGCGGAGAUGUACACGUUCCACGAGGCCAUCGACGAGAUGCAGCGCGCCGAGGAGGAAGUACUCGACAACCACAAGGCCAUCUCCGACUACCUGCAGCACGCUCUGCAGCGGUGUAACCAACUACUCGCCAUCACGCGGGAUGUGGACUACGAUCAGGAUGCAUACGCGACGCAGUGGGAGGAGUUACUGAACGAGCAGUUGUCAGUACUGGCUCAGUCCCGGGACCUGGUCGCUGAGUUCCGAGCCAAGAUGCAACAGGAGGAACAUAUCUCCCGCCGCAUACAGCCACCACCGCGGCACCACUAGCGGGUCUACUACACCCACCUACACCCACUACUACCGGAUCGUGUCUCAUCAUCACUCAUGGAACACCUGUCUAAUGAUCCAUCUCCGCCAUCUCCGGAUGGAGCAUGCCAUUUAUUGAAUACGUCGUGAGGUACUCUUCCCGUACCGAAUGACAUGAAUCGUCCACUAGGAGACAGGUCGCUACUACCGGCUUACUUGUUAGUAUUACGACGAGAUACUUUUAGAACAGACUGACCGCUAGUCGUUUCGUUUUCGCCUUCAUUGCAAUACAACAUUCUAUGGUGCAUCUAUUUCCCAAGAUGCACCUAACUGUCUUGAACGCUCCUUUACAAAAUGUACAAAGUGGAUGAUAUUGAAAGACGGAUUAAAAUAGGAAUUUUUGAGAGUGGAGCUUUAGACAAACGAUUUGUAAGAAGUUAAGAAUCUCGUUGUUCACUUAUUAGAAAAUCGAAUUUUAAUUCCUAUGUCGUAUCGACGGCGACGUUGCGUGUAGUGCGCGCUAAUGCAGCCAUAAGAUGGCGGUCGGGCACGUGACAACUAGCUGACACACAGAUACACUGCCAUCUAGCAGUGUAUCUGUGUACAAAGCAAUCAGUAUUGAGACAAAUUCAAUGUUUGGUGACCGUGUGUAGCUGGCCUACUGUAUAAUCGCUUCAAUUUUGAUUUGCCUGCGUUUGGGAUACGAGAGCGAGUUGUGACCACUUUGUUUGAUAUUAUUGUAAAGCUUAGUAUACCGAGGUAUGUGCCGUCGUGUUGGAAUCGAGAGACUGUUUACUGUACUGUAGUGAAUGAAGCACAAAUGUUGGCCGAGUGCGAUGGUGGGAGACUACACGUGCUAUUACGAGUAUCCUUAGUAAAUAUCUAACUUUAGUUUCUGUAAUACUUUAUACAGUACUAAAGUCUACGGUGGUAUGAAUUCACUUAUCGACAGUAUACGUAAUUUGUGUUGAGAUUUUGCCCUAACAUUUAGUUGUAUUAUUAUAUUUAACGGUGUUCGGCAAGUGAAUUGAUUCCUUCGCGCGUACUAAAGAUGCAAAGUAUAUGUUAGACAUCGGUAGAUACGUUUGUCGAUCGAUACCUAACAUGUAAUCGAAUCAUGUAAUUGUAAGGUGCGAGACAUUACCCUAUUAACGAUAAGUCACUUAUUCUGGAUGCAUUUAACUUUCGCUAAAGGCCUAUUGUCGAACUGUAGAUAUUUUUAUAUACCGGGAGAUUUGGAAGUACAAACGUGACAGUGAGGUGGUCCCAGUGAUUGUGAUGUAGUUCCUCAUUGGCGUGACUAGGCAGGCGGGGACUCCCGCACUCAGCCAGGCAACGGAAUAUACGCUAACACUUUAUCUGCUUCUCGGAACUUUGUAGCCUUUAUUUUACUAGAAUUGUGAGUCUAACUUCAAAUUAUUAUGUUAGGGGUCGUUUUUUAGACCAAAAUUGCGUUUAUUUUGGAGCCAUUCUUAGAAUAGAGGUAGAAGGUGCAGGCCACGAGCGUUUAUCGAAAGCCCUAGUUGCGCCAAUGUUUUUAAAAACACGAAUGUAACUAUAAUUCUGUCCAUCAUAAUAUAGACCUAUAACUUGGUACCUUUUAUUUUCACACUUGGCUGCGCUGGAUUCAGCCAAGCGUUGUUGAUUAUUGGCGAUGAUAUUUUUGAGCUUUUACUAUAGUUCUUCAACUUGGCCUCUUGCCCAUUAAGCCAAGAUUGACAGCUUUGACGGAUUAGUUACUGUGAUUGUUUUCAUGACAAAAUUGUUUAUGUGUAAUGUGUUUGGCGUAACGAAGUACUCGGAAUGUUGUGAAAUACUUGUUUUAAAAUUAGAUAUUUUGAAUGAAAAUUGCGAAUUAAUACUUUACGCAUCGAACGGGGAAUGUUUUUGUCUUGAUCCUGUAAUAGUUAGAAGCAGGUAAUUUAUUGUACCAGGAAACAUGUCAAAGUUCAAUGUAAGUUAAUUAUUUCUUUUCCGUAAAUCAACGAAAUAUUUAACAUUGGAUUGAGACAAAAAUAAUCUUUAAUGUAAUACAUAUAAAGUAAAAUAUUGUAUAAAUGUUGAGUAUCAUGUGAUCGGUUAACAUAUCUGUUGCAUAUAAAAUCGCUUGUUAUCCUCUCGUUGUGAACUAAAGCGACGUCCUGUUAUAAUAAUUAUAAUAUUUGUGUUUCAAGUGUAUGUGUGUAUGACAGACUAUUGACAAUCUGUUUACUAUGUUUUUUUCAUUAUUUAUGAGUAUAUUUUCUAUGUGUAUGUCUUAAUGAUAUUAUUAAAUAUAACUUAAUUUUUUCUAACUUAAUCUUUCUUUAUUUCUCAUUUUAUUAUUUCUUAUGUUACUCUCGACUGAUUGACUGAUUUAUUUCCCGACUUGUAGACAAUUUAAUGCUUAAUCGACUAAAGAUAUUCACGUCAUAGUUUUUUGAAUAGGAUAUUUAUUUGGACAAGACUUGACUGUGACGGUGACUACUUCGAAGGCAAGUUUGAUGUCUGCUAAGUUUUAUAGAUACAGACACUCGAAACACAAGUAUAUGUCACAUAUUACGUAAUUAUACGAGCAUAGUUCGGCUAGAAAUGUAAAAGUUGGUUGUUAAGUCGUAGUGGGCACCUGUAGGGACAAUAUUCAGAGUUGUGAAACAUUCCAAAACAUGAGAUUAUUACUUAUACAAACACAAUUUACUCUAGAAUAACGUUCAGUUUAAUUGGAACAUAAAAAGGUAAUUUUAUUGUGAAAGUUCAGAGUUCAAAUUACAUUGGUUGUUAGCGGUGGCAUUUAUGUUAAAUGUUGUCUUGAAAUAUUCCCCACAGCUGUCCAUUGUUAAGGUAUAUCUUUCAAUAUGUUUUCAAAUGCAAUCUUAUGUUUUCCUUCAUAUUUUGACUUCGAACAUUAGCGUGACAAAUGUAGAUAUUUGUAAAAAUUAUCAAGUUAUAUCAUGUCUUGACGGAACAUUUAAGAUUUAAUAUAUUAUUUUUAUUAAUCAGUAUUUUAACUUUCAUUUUUACACAUUAACUGAUAAUUCCUACAUAAUGGUGCUUGAAUUCGCUAGGCCUUCAACUAGGCAUGGUAUAACUCGAUAGAUGGCUGGACUAAGGAGUUGGUUGCUCGUGCAUAGUGCCGCAUCUAUUGUACCGGGUUUUUUUUUGCUAAUCUUGGAAGGAGACUCGCUCACCUCGGCUUGUCAAUGCUUUAUUUAAUAACCGCUCAUGAUUAUGCUAAUAGGCAGUGAUUUGACUUUGAAUAAAGCGGGCGGGAGCAAAGCUCUCACUCGCAUUUUUAUGUCUUUUUCACAUUUCCAUGUUACUGUGUCAAGUUAGAACUCAACGUAAUAUUGCAAGUUUAGUGCAAUCUGACACAGUAAUAGAUUUGUGGCUUAUUAUUGGACGACUAGCAUGCUUAGGGCUGGUGAGAUAAAUUUCUAUACACAGAUAUUUACUCUUACCAUAAAUAUUGUAAUUUAUUUUAUAAAAACAUCAUCGUCCUUUAAAAAUCGUAAAACAACUCACUUUUUUUUAAUAUUAAUAAAAAUAGUAAAACUACUUAAAGACUAUGUAACUAUGUAAGUUUUUCAAGUCAGUACAUUAUAAUACUUGAUGUUUCGUAAUGGACUUAUUUAUUAUGUUGUGAUAGUACUCGCAUACUAUACUACUCGAGUGUAGUCCCGCGACCUCACGUGACGUCACGCUCGCUAUCUUCCAUUCUGGAAUGGACGCUUGGUAUUCCAAUGAUUAUGUAUAUCCAUUGUAUUGAUUGAGUUCACGUUGUAUGCUAUGAAUCAUAGAAUGGAAUAUAGAGCGUUGUGCGCUCCAAAUAUGCAUAAAUUUUUUGUUUGUAAUUUGAUCUAAUAACCACAAUUUAUUAUGUCUGCGAAUAAUAAAUAAACGUAACCCGAACGUGUUUUGUCGUUUAAUAUCUGCUCAUCUGGUGCUAGGUGUAGACUUUGCUUUUAACCUUAACCCCUGGGGUCCUUGAACGACAUUAUGUUCGCUUUUAUUUCAAGAAGAUAACGAUAGUUUUAGUUUCUUUCUUGUCGUGAAUAGUGCGAGAAACGUGGACUGUGACCGUUACUUGGCAGAAUCGCUCGGAUAUUUCCAUAGAGUAUAAUCUAAAACAGUUAUGUCAUGAGGAGCUAGUUACUUCCUUGGGAUCAUUGGUUUUGUGGCUAGAUCUAAUUCUAAAUUCCAAGUGACUAUGAACUCUGUAUGUAGUGAUGUUUGAGUCGAUAGUUGUGUGAAUAUGCGAGCGUAUUCAAGCGGCCCACAUCCGCGGCUCUAUUGCCCGUUCCGAGGAAACUAUGUAUACUGUAGCUUACAACAUAUUUAGAUAGCGCUUAUUAAUAAAUAAUUAAAACAAAUCGGCACUCUGUAUCAGAGUGGCUGCUGCGCCGAUGUUUGAUCGUACUGAACAAAAUCUCUCUUACUAUAAUUAUUAUACUUUUUUUGAAUAAUUGUAAUAAUAUCGUCGAGAUUGUAACCGCGUUGGGAUGAAUUAGUUUUUGUAUAGAAGCGUUUGGAUAAAUGAACAAGUGUUGAAUGCUGGUGCGGCGUGUUCCCGCUCUAGUUGUCUAGUUAAAUGCUUUAUUAUAAACUUUAUUUUAACAUCGCACAUUAUAAUAAAUUAAUCAAAAUUGU